AGCGACAGGAUAAGGCCGCGCUGAUAAGCGAGACUAGGCGGCGUUUCGAGGCGGAGUACCUGCCAGAUAAAUCGGAUAAAUAUGAUUCUAGAGAUGUGGAAAGACUUCAGCAAGAUGAUAAAUGGGUUGAAAAUUACCUGAUUUGGCGUCACGAUGUUGUGGAUGAUACAUUAAAGAUGAUUGAUGAAAGCUUUCAGUGGAGGAGAGAAUAUACAGUUAAUGACUUGACAGAAUCUGUCCUUCCAAAAUGGUUGUUUGAAAAUGGUUCUCUCUUUCUGCAUGGAUAUGAUAAAGAGGGCUAUAAAUUAUUUUGGUUCAGAGUGAAACAUCAUACAAGGGAUCCUAAACAGCAACUUGAGAAAAAGAAACUGGUAGCUUUUUGGUUGGAACAUUAUGCCAAGAGAGAUCAUGGAAAACCCUUAACAGUGGUAUUUGACAUGGCUGAAACUGGAAUCAGUCACAUAGACUUGGAUUUUGUUCGGUUUAUUGUCAACUGUUUUACAGAUUAUUACCCAAACUUCCUCACAAAGAUAGUGAUCUUUGAAAUGCCAUGGAUAAUGAAUGCUGCGUUUAAAAUUGUGAAGGGUUGGCUUGGCCCAGAUGCAAUAAGCAUGUUAAAGUUCACAAACAAGAGUGAUGUACAGGAAUACAUCAGUGGAGAGUAUCUGCCACCUCACAUGGGUGGAACUGAUUCCUUCAAGUACAGUUAUCCUCCAUUGGUUGAUGAUGAUUUUCAAACUCCUUUAUGUGAAAAUGGGCCCAUUACUAGUGAAGAUGAACAUGAAAGUAAAGAAGAGAUAGAUGCGGACACCAAGGAAACUGGGGAACUGAAUGAAGCACAAAACCUUAAUCAGAAAAAGAUGAAUUCUGUAGAACAAAUUUCCAAAUCAGAGGAAACUGACAAAACAGAGAUCAAACCAAAAAAUGCAAAGAAAGCAUUAACCACUUUUAAAGGACCUUUAUUACAUAUCAGCCCAGCAGAAGAACUGUAUUUUGGAUCCAAAGAAACUGGAGAGAAAAAAUGUUUGAUAGUUCUCACAAAUGUCACUAAAAACAUAGUGGCUUUUAAGGUGAGAACAACUGCUCCUGAAAAAUACAGAGUUAAACCCAGUAACAGCAGCUGUGAACCUGGCACAUCAUUGGAUAUAAUAGUCUCUCUUCAUGGUGGUUUUGCAGCUUCUCUGCAGGAUCGUUUCCUUAUAAUGGCAGCAGAAAUGGACCAGUCUUCUGGAGCAGGGGUACCAGAACUGACUCAGUUUUGGAAAGAAGUCCCUAGGACCAAAGUGAUGGAACAUAGGUGA